AUGCCCUCCAGCGGCCUACUCCCCACAGGCCUCAUCUUAUGCUUUCCACCGCUGCCCAGGGAUACCAUCAAAUAUGGACCUAAUGGCUUCACGCCGUUGUAUAUGGCAGCCCAAGAGAACCAUCUGGAAGUCGUCAGGUUUCUUCUUGACAACGGUGCCAGUCAGAGCCUAGCCACAGAGGAUGGCUUCACUCCCUUGGCAGUGGCUCUGCAGCAGGGUCACGACCAAGUGGUCUCUCUCCUGCUGGAAAAUGACACAAAGGGCAAAGUGCGCCUCCCGGCUCUUCACAUCGCCGCCCGGAAAGACGACACGAAAGCGGCCGCUCUGCUCUUGCAGAACGACAACAACGCGGACGUGGAGUCGAAGAUGGUGGUGAAUAGACCAACCGAGAGUGGAUUCACCCCGCUCCACAUAGCUGCUCACUAUGGGAACAUUAAUGUAGCCACGUUGCUGUUAAACAGGGCAGCUGCUGUGGACUUCACUGCACGGAAUGACAUCACUCCUCUACACGUCGCGUCAAAAAGAGGAAAUGCAAAUAUGGUGAAGCUGUUGCUUGACCGGGGAGCAAAGAUCGACGCCAAAACCAGGGAUGGUCUGACGCCGCUGCACUGUGGGGCCAGAAGUGGCCACGAGCAGGUGGUAGAGAUGCUACUGGACCGAGCCGCCCCCAUUCUUUCAAAAACCAAAAAUGGACUGUCUCCAUUGCACAUGGCCACCCAAGGGGACCAUUUAAACUGCGUCCAGCUUCUCCUCCAGCACAACGUGCCAGUGGACGACGUCACCAAUGACUACCUGACUGCCCUCCACGUGGCUGCCCACUGUGGCCACUACAAAGUCGCCAAGGUUCUCUUGGAUAAGAAAGCCAACCCCAAUGCCAAAGCCCUGAACGGCUUCACCCCUCUGCAUAUCGCCUGCAAAAAGAAUCGAAUCAAAGUCAUGGAACUCCUUCUGAAACACGGGGCAUCCAUUCAAGCUGUUACCGAGUCGGGCCUUACCCCAAUCCAUGUUGCUGCCUUUAUGGGGCAUGUAAAUAUUGUGUCACAGCUAAUGCAUCAUGGAGCCUCCCCAAAUACCACCAAUGUGAGAGGAGAAACAGCAUUGCACAUGGCGGCCAGGUCGGGCCAAGCGGAAGUGGUUCGGUAUCUGGUACAGGACGGCGCGCAGGUAGAAGCGAAGGCCAAGGACGACCAAACCCCACUCCACAUUUCAGCCCGACUGGGGAAGGUGGACAUAGUGCAGCAGCUGCUGCAGCAAGGGGCGUCUGCAAACGCAGCAACAACUUCGGGGUACACCCCCCUUCACCUUUCAGCCCGGGAGGGGCACGAGGAUGUGGCUGCGUUCCUUUUGGAUCACGGAGCGUCUUUAUCAAUAACAACGAAGAAAGGAUUUACUCCCCUGCAUGUGGCUGCCAAAUACGGGAAGCUUGAGGUAGCCAACCUGCUACUGCAGAAAAGUGCCUCUCCGGAUGCUGCAGGGAAGAGCGGGCUAACUCCACUGCAUGUAGCAGCGCAUCACGAUAAUCAGAAAGUAGCUCUUCUGCUCUUGGCCCAGGGAGCCUCGCCCCACGCAGCCGCAAAGAAUGGUUACACACCGCUGCACAUCACUGCCAAGAAGAACCAGAUGGACAUUGCGACAACUCUGUUAGAAUAUGGUGCUGAUGCCAACGCGGUUACCCGGCAAGGGAUUGCUUCCGUUCAUCUCGCAGCUCAGGAAGGACACGUGGACAUGGUGUCGCUGCUCCUCAGUAGAAACGCAAAUGUGAACCUGAGCAAUAAGAAUGGCCUCACGCCACUCCAUCUGGUUGCCCAAGAAGACAGAGUGAAUGUGGCCGAAGUCCUCGUCAACCAAGGGGCCCACGUGGAUGCGCAGACCAAG